CGCACGGCGCGAGCUGCGGCGGCGGCGCUGUGGCUCUCUGGGAGCCGGGCGCCUGCAGACACAAAGGCUGGUGGGUUGUAUGAGCAACCGGGGAGCCGGCAAAGGGAAAGCGAAAGCCGGGGGCGCGGCAGGUGACGGUGAAGGCGCCGCGCAGUCCUCCGAACCCUCCAGACGUCGGCGGUACCGGCGCCUGCACUCCUGCGCCAGUGGGGCCGAACCCGCGCGCCUCAGCCAUGGCUAUCGCCCACCUGGCCACCGAGUACGUGUUCUCGGACUUCUUGCUGAAGGAGCCCUCGGAGCCCAAGUUCAAGGGGCUGCGGCUGGAGCUGGCAGUGGAUAAAAUGGUCACGUGCAUCGCGGUGGGGCUGCCCCUGCUGCUCAUUUCGCUGGCCUUCGCGCAGGAAAUCUCGAUCGGUACCCAGAUAAGCUGUUUCUCCCCAAGUUCCUUCUCCUGGCGUCAGGCUGCCUUUGUGGAUUCUUACUGUUGGGCUGCCGUUCAGCAGAAGGACUCCUUGCAGGGCGAUUCCGGACACCUUCCACUGUGGCUGCAUAAGUUUUUCCCCUACAUCCUGCUCCUGGUCGCCAUCCUCCUGUACCUGCCCUCCCUGUUCUGGCGUUUUGCAGCAGCUCCUCAUCUUUGCUCAGAUUUGAAGUUUAUCAUGGAAGAACUUGACAAAGUAUACAACCGCUCCAUUAAAGCCGCAAAGAGCGUGUGUGAUCAGGACAUGAGAGAUGGUGCUGGCCCAGUUCUGGGUGUUAAUGAGAACACAGGACAAAGUUUGUGGGAGAUAUCUGAAAGCCACUUCAAGUACCCAAUUGUGGAGCAGUACUUGAAGACGAAGAAACACUGUAACAAUUUGAUCGUCAAGUACGUCAGCUGCCGGUUGCUGACCCUCAGCAUAAUACUGUUAGCGUGCAUCUACCUGGGCUAUUACUUCAGCCUCUCCUCCCUCUCAGAUGAGUUUGUCUGCAGCAUCAAGUCGGGGAUCCUGAGAAAUGACACCACCAUCCCCGAUCGGUUUCAGUGCAAGCUCGUCGCCGUCGGCAUCUUCCAGCUGCUCAGCUUUAUCAACCUCAUGGUGUACAUCCUGUUGGCUCCCGUGGUUGUCUACACGCUCUGUGUUCCGUCCCGACAGAAGACGGACAUUCUCAAAGUGUACGAAAUCCUGCCCACUUUCGAAGUCCUGCGUUUCAAGUCUGAAGGGUACAACGACCUGAGUCUCUACAAUCUUUUCCUGGAGGAGAACAUAAGUGAGCUCAAGUCCUACAAGUGUCUGAAGGUGCUGGAGAACAUCAAAAGCAGCAGCCAGGGUGUCGACCCAAUGCUUCUCCUCACGAACCUUGGCCUGAUCAAGAUGGACGUUGUCGACGGCAGAGGACCCGAGACUGUGGAGAUGAUGGCACAGGAGGAGGAGGACCCGACAGCAGAGCUCAAAGAUUUGAAUGCACCCAGUGAAACUAAAGUAAGCAAUGGAGGGAAGGAUGCUCGGCAGAGACUUCUGGAUUCUUCUUGCUGAAGGUUUUUUCCUUUCAACUUGAGAUCGGUGACUUCUGUGAGGUGGGAUUUGUAACGGCUGAAGCACUCGGUCGGGUUUCCAGCUGGUUUGCAGCCAGUGCUUCUUGGUAGAGACACUGAGCGUGUCUUAUCGAGUCCCUGAUGGAAAUUACGGUCAAGUU